AUGUCAAAGGCACGAAAAUUGGGCUUAGAACAGCCCGCUUUUGAUCAGGAUUCAGAUAAUGAUGAUAUCCAGACAGUUGUCCCUCAUGAUGAGCCCUCGUAUAUGAUGUACAUGCCACAAGAAGGUAGUCUUAUUAGUGACUCCACCACACUUUUCGAAGGGGCUCAAGGACUGUCGUCACAAAUGAACCACCACCCAAGACCGCGUCACCCAAGCAUGAGCAGCACGGCUUUCAAUGCCUCGCUCAAACAGAUGCAUUUUAAUAGCAACCGAGUCGCGUUGGACCGUGCGAUCAACCACACAAUCGAUAUCUUAUCAAGCCUCACAGAGGAGAACAGGGAGCGGCACGUUUUUUUCCCUACAGAAAACUCUGAUACCGAAAAUCUCUUACUUAAUUCCCCAAGAGCUCAUUUGGCGCUUGUGCGCAGCAACACAGACUUAGAGACCAAGACUCUUGCGAAAGCUCCUGUCGACAACGCUUGCUCCAUAGAUGGACUCUCGGUCGAGCCCGCAGACUUCAAGGUGCUUAAACUCAAUUUAAAGAUGGGACAUAGUCUGAAUGUCUUGACCCAUAUGGAUAAGAAAUCCAUUUCCUCAUUGUUAGAGCAAAAGUUGGUGCAGCAGGUGAGAUAUCUUCAUAAUCUUAAAGACCGAGUAGACGACACUUCGUCUAAAGUCUUCGUAACAGGAGAUCUUAACGCCGGGAAGUCCACAUUUUGUAAUGCCUUGUUAAGGCGCAAGGUUUUACCUGAAGAUCAGCAGCCGUGCACUUCUAUCUUCUGCGAAGUCAUCGAUGCCAAAACUGAAAACAAAAGUGUUGAGGAGGUUCAUGCCAUUCCCAUCGGUAUCACAUACGAUAAGAGAAACGAAUCCACUUACAUUAAACACUCUAUCGAUAAUCUAGAGGAGUUGGUAUAUGAGUGUGACAAGUACAGCCUUCUCAAAGUUUAUGUUCUUGACUACAGAAGUGCAGAGCAAAGCUUGCUCGGCAACGGGGUCAUCGACAUUAAAUUGAUUGAUGCCCCAGGACUUAAUAUGGAUUCAUACCAGACCACACAAGUAUUCUCUCGCCAGGAGGAAAUUGACUUGGUCGUCUUUGUAGUGAGCGCUGAAAACCAUUUCACCCUAUCGGCGAAAGAAUUCAUCGCUGCUGCGGCUGCUGAAAAACGAUAUGUGUUCAUUGUUGUGAACCGUUUCGACAACAUCAAGGACAAAGAGAAAUGCAUGAAUAAAAUCUUGGAUCAGGUGAAGAGUUUAUCCCCUGACACGUAUAAAAAUGCAAAAGAUUUUGUUCAUUUUGUCAGCUCUACCUCCGUGCCUGGUGGCGGUGGGGGUGGUCCUGGUGAUGACCCUGACAACGAGCCCUCUUUUGCGGAUCCAAACUUUGAUAACUUGGAGGCAUCAUUGCGGAAGUUCAUUCUUGACAAAAGAUCGAUCUCAAAGUUACUUCCAGCCAAAAAUUAUCUCAUGAAUUUAUUAAGUGACUUGAAAAUCCUUUCGGAGAUCAACCAAAACAUAUAUCUCAAUGAACGGGAGAGAAUGGUUGAAGUUUUGAAACUGACGAUAGGGCCAAAGUACGAAACCAUGGUGCAAGAAUGUCUUCUGGGUAAUGACAAGAUCAAUCGUCUCGUAGAAAAAACUUGUUCAGAAGCCUAUGACAACACUCGGAGAGAGAUUUUGCAGACGGUGGAUAACUUUGGCUCAUCUCAGAUUGUGCCAUACUUGGGCUUGCAAUAUGUUUAUGAAUAUGCAAGAGACACACAAAGAAAGAUGACCGACACUAUAGUUUCAUCUGUUCACAUGAGUGAAGCAAGUGCCAAGACUUUGACUGGUAAUGCAGUCAAAGACAUUAUCGAUUUCGGCAAGCAAACCCUAGGAGAUGAAUUUUUAACUGACAAAGUUUUCAAACCUGAUUUAAUGUUCACUAGAAAGCGCGAUACAAUUAAAAGAAGUCUAGAUAAUCUGAUUGAGAUCUCAGACUUUUUUGAUCCAUCCUUCGAAUCUAUUAUGAUGUGGCUAGGAAUCCCAGAAGCUUUCGUUCAAAGCACAAGGGACCAUAUAUGUCAUCUUUCGCCUGAUGUUCUCAUUGGCACUAUCCCAAGGUCGGUUUCGUCUUUAAGGCAAACCCUACCCACACAACUCACUUUGCAUACUUUAUAUUCUCUGACGAAGCUACUCACAACGGGAGCUUUGAUGAGAAAAGCUUACAAUUUUUCGGCUAUGCUCAAACCUUCUGUUAUCAAGCAUGCUGUUGUGCCAGUCAUUCUUGGUGUUGGUGGAUUCGCAAUUUUCUAUCUCAUAAAUGAUAUACCAAAUGCGUUCCCAAGAAAGCAAGCAAGGAAGUUGAGGAAGCAAGUCUUAGAAAUAGACUAUGCACACAUAAACGCUGAUAGAAUUUCCAGGGAAUGUAGACUGGUCCUCAACUUCCCUGCAAGACAAGUCAUGAAUAACUUUCAAACCAGCAUUGAUAAGAGAAAUGGAGAAAAGGAAAAACUUGAGUCUGACAUUAAAAAUGCUGAAAUAUGCUCAGGUUUUUUCAAAACUUUAUUGGAGCAAAUUGGCCAUCAAAAAUCACGCGUUGAUGAAAUCGAUCUAGAAAGUGUGUACACUGUUGAUUAG